CGUGCGGUUCCCACACCGGUACGUCCGGGUGCGGUCCCCACUACCGGUCCGCGGUCCGGUCCCUGACCACACCUGUCCGGUACCGUACCGGACGGACGGACGGCCGCCGCACGGGUCAGCUCGCCGGAUGGCUGCUCCUGUGAUCCUCUGACCCCGUCCGGCCGGUCUGACACGUCCCCAGACCAACUGCCCACCGCCGACCGCGCCGACUUCGUCUCCUGACCGACGCGAGGCACGCGGGGUCGUCAACCCGCCUGAGAGUCGCGGGGAACGCCGGCGUGCGCCCGGCCCGCGGCGGCGGCCGCGCCGGACCGGGCCGUGGAGCGCGGCCGGUGCUCCCGGCGACUCUCGGCGCUGCAGGUAGGCGCUCGGCGGCGCGCUCUUCUGAGGUAGACGACGGUUUCGGCUCUGCAGUGCAGUCGCGCGCGUCCGCCGGACCUCCGUCGGUACAGACGCUGGAGCGGCUACCCGACACCCCGGAGAGGUCACCCGACACCGCGCGCCGACGAAACCGACGCGUCGGCGCCGGCGGCAGACGGCAGGCGGCGCGCCGCCCGGAGACCGCGGUGACCCAGUGCCGCGCAUGGACCGCCGUCACGUGGGCUGCGUGCGCGCCGCCGCUGUGCACCGUUAGGCAUCUGCGGCGGCCGGUCGGCGUGUUUACCGUUUAGAGCGGCGCCGCGGCGGGCUGUGGAGGCGUGGGAACGCUCCGGUGACGGCGGAACUCGAGUGGACGGUGGACGGUGGACGGUCGGAAGGACCCGUGCCCGCGGCGGGAGCGAGAGUGUUAUGUUCUGUGGUGAAGCGAAUUUGUAAUGGUUUGGUGACAAAACAACUGUGCUACUGGGUAACAAUUUUAUGAGCGCAGUGUGAUAUACGAUUGUGAUUGUGAACGAAAAGUUUUAAGUGCGAAAAAGCCUGAGCACCACGUCUGCACUGAAUUGGACUGGCGUCAGCCUUGCCACCUUCACUGCUCCAGAUCAGCUGCAUCAAAUGGGACCAGCGGCGGCUGCUCUCUCACGGCCUUCUGACCCGGCUGUGACCUCGUGCUGACCCGAGACGGGAACGGACACCCACCCGCCGUGAUCGCGGUGACCCGACACGGCCGCCGGAGUUCGGAGCUCCGCACUGCUGAGUCCCGUCAGUGGGCAGCCGCGCGCCUCUGCCGCCCGCGAUCCCUCUCUGUGGAUCUACUGCAGCCUCAGGGCGGCCUGUGACACCUCCGUGGACCGUCCGCCCUGCCAUGUGGGCCUCAGAGCUGCUGGGAGCGCUGCUGGGCCGGCCGGCCAGCCUGCCGGGCAGCCGCGACCUGACCGGCCGGCCGGUGCUGUUCGUCGGCGUGCCGGCCGACGGCGGCCUCUGGUCAGAGCAGGAGCUCCAACAGGUGGUCCGCUACCUGGCCGACAUACCCAGACCGGCCGACUCGCCGCUCUGUGUGGUGCUGGACGCCCGCGCGGGCUCGUGGCGCUCGGUGCGCGCCGUUCAGCGGACGCUGGCGGCCAUCAGCGGCCGGACCGGCGUGCAGCUGGUGCUGCGCCACGACUCCUUCUGGGAGAAACAGCGCGUCACCUGCGGACGGCCAGAGGACGACGUGCAGCCGGAGUACAUUCCUCUGUCGAAACUGCAGCGUUACAUCGCCCCGGACCAGAUCCCCGAGGAGUUGGGAGGGACGUUCCCGUACAACCACGAGGACUGGAUCCAGGACAGAAUGCGACUGGAGCAGUUUCUGCAGGACGCCGGUGCCGCGCUGGACGCGCUGAAGACGGUGUGGCUGCGCCUGCUGCCCGCCGAGGCCGCGCCAGCGGCGCAGCUGCGGGAGACGAUCGGCACGGCCGGCCCGCUCUACCGCGCGGCGCUGGACACCGCCGAGGGCGUCAUACACACAGGCGAGGAGCUGCUGUCCAGUCUCCGGCCGAGCUCUGAGCCCGGCCUCCAGCGGCGGAGCAGCGGCAGGCCGCCGGACCCGGAUCCUCGGACCCGGACCCGGACUCCACCGGACUCGGACCCCCGGACCCGGACCCCGCCGGAUCCGGACCCGCUCAACCAGCGACAACAGGUGCAGCAGCGGGUCACUGACCUGACCUCUCACUGUGACCUGGUGCGUCACGCCUGGUCGGAGCUGCACACGGCUCUGGGCCGCGCCGACCUCCAUCGGCUGCUGGUCAGGCGGGUCGACGACGUGAUUGGCUGGGUGCUCGGCCCGGGGGAGGAGCUUCUGGCGUCCCAGGCGCUGAUUGGUCGGGACGUGGCCUCCUCGGAGCGGCUCAUCGAGCUCCACGACGAGGCAGAGCUGCAGUGCAGGGACACGUACGCCGAGUUUGCCGCGGUGCGCCGGCUGCUGGAGGAGGCCGCCGACGGCCGCUCGGCCGAGACGGCCUCUGCCGAGGAGGCGGCCUCGCUGGCCGGCCAGCGGCGCUACAUGGAGAGCGUGUGCCGCGCGCUGGCCAGCCGGCUGGAGCGGCGGCGGCACCUGCUCAUCACCGCCGCCCGCUUCUACCGUCUACUGGAACAGGUCUCUGACACGUGCCACGUGUUGCUGGAGGCCGCCGAUGAGGGCGUCCAGUCGCUGCAGCCCGACCAGCUCGCCGACAAGCUCCGACGCAUGCAGACCGUCGCCGACGACACGGAGCGGACGUACGCCGAGCUGAGCCGGACGGGUGAGAAGCUGCAGGACAUGCUGACGCUGCCGGUGAAAAACUCGGCCGGCCAGGACAUCACCCCCGACUACAGCUCGGAGCUGGCGCACGUGACGCGUCUUUCUCAGCGGCUGCAGCAGCACGUGCAGACGGUGCUGGAGACGUGGGAGAUCAGCCGGCUGCGGCUCCAGCAGACGCUGCAGCUGGGCCAGUGUCAGGCGCAGGCCGAGCAGGCGCUCUCCUGGCUGGCGGACCUGAGUCGCCUGCUCGGCUCAGAGCACGCCCGUGUGGGCCGAGACAAUACCGAGAUACAGCUGAUGAAGCGACAACACCAGAGCUUCGAGGAGACGGCAAAGCGCACGUACGAGUACGGGGCGGAGUCGUGCGCGGCGGCCGGCCGGCUGGGCGGUGACGAGGUGUCCGGGCAGCUGAGCGGCCGGCUGGAGGAGGCCUGGUCGCGGCUGAGGGCCGCCGCCCAGGAGCACAUCACGCGCCUUCGAGUGGCCGCCGUGUUCCACCGCACCGCCGACGAGCAACUGCGUCGACUGCGGCAGCUGUGCUGCGAGCCGCCGCGGCCGGCGCGCGCCUCGUCGGUCGCCUCCUCGCCGCGGUCGUCGCCGUCGUCGGCCUCUUCUGACGCCGUCGGCAGUCAGCUGGGCGAGCGGGAGACGCUGCUGCGAGACGUCGGCCGCACCAUCCGGCUGGGAAAGCUGCUCCGAGAGCGGCUCCAGGACGACGUCAAACCCAGCGAGUCGGAGCGCAACGCCGGCGCGCGGGCGGCCAUCUCCGCUAAACUCUCCGAGGUGGGGUUCCUGUGGGCGCGCCUGGACGCGCAGUGUCGGCAGUGGCGGCGGGCGGCCGGCGACUCGCCCGACUCCGGCCCCGUCAUGGAGAGCUCGCCCGUGUCCAGACAGGUGCUCGGCGCGGCGGGCGCUCAGGAGCGGGCGCCCGCCACCGGCACCGGCAGAGAUGAGGAGGGGCCGGACUGUGCGCUGCACCGCUCGGCCUCCUGGCGGUCCACCGACUCGGACUGGCUGACCGCUCAGUCGUCCGAGUACGGCAGCGCAGAGGGCGCCACUGGCGCCGCCGCCGCCGCCGCCGGCUCCCUGGCCUCACUGGAGGAGCUGGUCACGGCUCCGCUGGCCGGCUCCGGCUCCCUGGAGCACGGCGACGGCGACUCCAGCCCCGAGUCACAGCAGGACACGGAGCCGCCGUCGCUGGGCGAGGACUGGAGCUACGACUCGCCGCCGGACACGGCCGACCUCUCGCUGCCCGGCUGGGCCGCCUGGCGCAGCAAGUCGCGCACGCCCUCCCUGGAGAAGCUGCUCGACGAGGACUUCCCGCCGCUGCCGCCGCUGGGGGCCGGCUUCAGCGGACGGCGCAGCAGCAGCGCCGGCAGCCGGGACAGCGGCGGCGCCAGCGGCAGCGCCGAGACGCGCUCCCCGGCCGCGAUGACGCCUGCGGUGACGUGUGAUGACGGUCUGCCGUCGUCAUCGGCCGGGGACCGGGAGCCGUCCUCGGAGGCGGACUCGUCCGAGGGCCAGCCGCGGCGGCCCCGCAGCCGGCGGGCUGCGGGGCGCGACUGGUGGUGA